CCCAAACACCCUAUUCACCGAACUCAGCACAAAUUUCUCUUUCAAAAUAACCCUAAUACAAAAAUUCAGCAGCCACUACAAUCUCGGCCUCCUCGAAGGCUCCGAUUUCAAUCGAUUCCUCAACCGGUGGAAGAGCACAUACUUCCGACCAAUUCAGACGACGAUGGAGUUCAAUUUCAUACUAUGGCCCCGUAGAAUAGAUACAGCUUAGGAAGCAUAUACUGAAUUAAGGAUCCAGCGGCAGUAAAUCGGCCAAACAUAAAUUCCACAUAUUUUAUGCCUCAGCACUCCGCUUUACAACGAAACUAAUAGAUCCCAGACGCAAAUUCCACAUAUCUGCUGCAACUAGGUCUCGCCGCCGACGCUGAAGGAUUGCUGUCCAGAUCCCACCGCCAGGCCUGGGCCAUAGUAGCUCGACAGUCGCAAAGCUGCCGGAAUUGUCAUCGCUUUGCAAGCCUCCACUGUGUGCCGUAGUUCUCCGCCAGCCCCAGGUCUGCUCCGAAUCUUGUUCUGACACUGGAGGCUCCCCACCGACGCAGCUCUACAGUCGCGGCAGCAGCUCACUGCUUCACCUCCGUGGCUCCGUCGCAGCUCGGCCUCGAGUCGUGUGAGCAUCCACAAAGCUAAAUAAGGGCGGUCUCGGUAGAGGGAUUUCCGAACCACGCUGUUAGCUUCCGCCAUUAAUGGCAGUUUGAGAGCUCUGCUCACGAGCUGAGUAACAGCGACAUCGAGGGUCCCUACUCCCUCUCCGACAGCGACCACGACCUGUGUGCCUCGCCUUUCCUCUAGGCUCAAUUUGAGGGCACGCCCACCUCUCUCUUUGGUCUCAAUAUCCGGCACAGUGGAGUCUGACCGUGAACAUCUCCAGGACUGUAAAGCAGAGGCUGGCCGUAUAAGUGAAAAACAAUGGGCCGAACCAUCUUUGUGCAAAUUCUUUCAAAGAGCUGGAUUUCAACACACCAAAUUUCAGCAACAGGCCAUAUUUUCAGCUCAACUCCAAAAGCUAAGUACCCCACAAUCCAAUACUCGUAUUUACACAUUAAAUUAAUUAUUAUUAUUGUUGUUGUUGUUGUUAUUAUUAUUAUUACUCCGUAUAUUAUUGCCACCAUCAUUAUGGCGGGUUAAAAUCCCCGAGAUUACUAAAAAUGCAUUAUUAUUGAUGUUAUUGUUAUUAUCACCACCAUUAUUGUUAGCGGGUUAAAAUCCUCCAAAGUGGUGCGAGUCGAACCCUAAUCCACCGAACAUCAUUAUUUGAUGAUGGCCCUAGACCUACCCCCGAUCACCUUUAUUUGAUAAUCGGGUGCGCUCAAUGGCCUUCAAAUUAUCGCAAGCUAAGCUCCCGUUCAUUUUUAUUUAAUGACCGGUUUGCUUCAAAAACCGUUGCAACGACAACGUAUCUAGACCAAAUUAUUUAUUCCCGCACAUCUCUAAAGGUUGAAAAAGAAACACAUACAAAAGUGUGUCACCUUGGCCCCCCACCGAUACAAUCCGGGAAAAUGAAGCCAAAUGACCACUUAAUCUGGAACCUAAGACCCGCAAAAUGGCCGAAGGCCCAAAAGGAGCGAAACGCCCCCCCACGAUUAUAAUCGGGACAGUGCGGCAAGGCUCCAAACACUUUAAGAUGAUUCCAAGGGGCUCUGUAGCGCUCACAGAAAGCCCGACCCCAAUGGCCCGUGAGGCCGGGGACGCCUUAAGGAUACACCCCUGUCAGAGAAAAUAAGGGUACACCCCCAUCAGCGAAAUGGCCUACGACACCUCGGGACGAGGCGCGGUAAACAUCCCCUGGUUUCCAAUGAGGGCAAAAUAAUAAUAAUAGAAAAGCAAAAAAUCCAAGGGACGAGGCGCGGAAAAUGACCCCUUGUCUGAGGCAUGGAUCUACCAAAAAAAGGGGGAUACGGGACAUGACUCAUCGUUAUUCCCGGGUAAAAUAAAAAAUAAAAUAAAUAAACGCACAACUCAAAACAUUAUAUAUGGAGUAAUAUGUACACAUUACAUGUUACUGGACAACUCAAAAAUUAUUUUAUUAUAUUCCUGUAGGAUGUCUAUGAAUAUGGAAUGCCACUACUCCGUAUUAAUUUGAAAGCAAGUACAUCAUAGAUAAUCAUUAAUUAUACAUUAAUUGUUGGAAAGCUACCCAAAUACUUGCACGAAUGUUUAUAGGUGUAUAUGUUUAUUGAGAAGUUCAACGAAUCCACUGUAAUUAUUAUGUGCUGUUUUUUGUGCUAUUCGAACGACACAUGUUUUUUUAAGACUUUAACUCUAUCAAUAAAUUUUAAAGUAAGUAAAUAUAUGCCGAAAGUGUUACAAUGUUCCUGCCCAAAACUUUCUCCCACUAUUUUGUUAUUAUUAUAUAUAAUAUAUAUAUAUAUGUGAAUAUAUAAAACGAUGGACAAAAUUAAACAAAAUUACCUCUCGUCACAUAUCUUUUGGUUAUUUUACACUUCAUGUCACCUACUAGACAGUAGGCUUCGAGAUACAUUCCGAGAACUCCAACGUUCCAGAGAACUUGGUUCAUGAGGACAAAUCUCUCCAUGCCAUAUGCUCUUCCCCAGGAGUUCAUUAUUGAGAGUAUUUUUCUUUUUGGAAUUUUCCCUCUCCGAUCAACAACAUAGCAUGAUGUGGUCUUGUGAAAUUUUCUUUUUGCAUACUUCCUAUUGGGUACAUAUAUAUUCCCUAGUAAAAGAAAAUGGAAAAAUAUUUAAACUUGCAAGUUAUAUUUAAAUAAUCAAAUCUCAGUUAGUAGGUUCAUACUAUAGUGUCAUUACCUCAGUAUAGUCACACAAAGAUUCGUGGUAAUCCUCCACUAUAGCCAUAGGCCCAUUCUUGAGCCUUUUCAUUACUAGAUCUUGUCCUGAUAUAAACUCAUAGUCGUUCAUAUGAAUCUGAAAAAGGAAAUUUUCAUAAUAGAAUCAAGAAAACUGGAAAUUUCAUUUAACAGAUAAUACAUUACAGGGAUUACAAAUUUCUGGGCAAUUCGAGAGUGCCAGAGCUCUCCAGGUUCUAACUGUCUAACAGCCUGUCUUUCCACCCCUUUUAUUUCUUUCUCCCUCCAAUUAACUUCCCAAUUCCCACCUGUCUAUUUAUUCUACUCCUUCGUGUAUACACCCUGCCAAACUAUCUAUUGGGAUGUAAUAAAAACAAGUACUAUGAGUUAAAUCAUUACUUCCCACUUAAAAAAAUACCUUGCCCUCAAGGUGGAUCUAAGGAACUGCUUCUUAUAAGUCUUCCCAGGAAUCUUCAACUGUCUUUAGUGAAUUGCAAUCUCUUUCUUCCUGCAUCUGUUCUGCAUUGCAACACUUCUUCUGAUUGCACAUGUAGUUCCCAUUCAUUCAAACAAGCUGGAAGAUGCUGACAAGGAAUGUUGAGAUUUAUAGCUUUUUUUCACAAUGUGAAAGACAGGGUCCACUAAACUGCUUUAUGGUAAGUGAAAAAAGGCUAUAAAUCUCAACAUUCCUUGUCAGCCUCUUCCAUCUUGUUUGAAUGAAUGAGAACUACAUGUGCAACCAGAAGAAGUGUUGCAAUGCAGAACAAAUGCAGGAGGAAAGAAAGAGAUUGUAAUUCACUGGAGACAGUUGAAGAUUCAUGGGAAAGACUUACAGCACUUUCAGAAGCAGUUCCUUGAAAUCCACUUUGAGGGCAAGAUGUUUUUUGAAGUGGGAAGUAAUGAUAUGACUCGGAGUACUUAUUUCUAUUACUCUCAAUAGAGAGUUUGGCAGAGUGUAUACACGAAGGAGUAAAAUAAAGAGUUAGUUAGACAGGUGGGAAGUUAGUUGGGGGAGAAAGAAAUAAAAGGGAUGAGAGGAGAGUGGAAAGACAUGCUAUUAGACAGUUAGAACCUGGAGAGCUCUAACACUCUCAAAUUGCCCAGAAAUUUGUCAUCCCUGUAAUGUCUUUUCUAUUAAAUGAAAUUUUCAGUUUUCUUGAUUUUAUUCUGAAAAUUUCCUUUUUUCAGAUUCAUAUGAACAACUAUAAGUUUAUAUCAGGAUAAAAUCUAGUAAUGAAACGGCUCAAGAAUGGGCAUGUGGCUAUAAUGGUGGAUUACCACGAAUCUUUGUGUAACUAUACUGAGGUAAUGACACUAUAGUAUGAACCUACUAACUUAGAUUUGAGAAUUUAAAUAUAACCUGCAAGUUUAAAUAUUUUUCCAUUUUCUUUUACUAGAGAAUAUAUAUAGACCCAAGAGGAAGUAUGCAAAAAGAAGAUUUCACAGGACCAUAUCAUGCUAUGUUGUUGAUUGGAGAGGGAGAAUUCCAAAAAGAAAAAAUACUCUCAAUAAUGAACUCCUGGGGAAGAGCAUGUGGCAUGGAAAGAUUAAUCAUCACUAACCACGUUCUCUGGAAUGUUGGAGUUCUCAGGAUGUAUCUCGAAGCUUAUUGUCUAGUAGGUGACAUGAAGUGUAAAAUAACCAAAAGAUAUGUGACGAGAGGUAAUUUUGUCCACUGUUUUAUAUGUAUCCAUAUCUAUAUAUAUUAUAUAAUAACAAAAUAGUGGGAGGAAGUUCUGAGCAGGAACACUUUAUCACUAUGGGCAUAUAUUUAUUUACUCUAAAAUUUAUUGAUAGGCUUAAAGUUUUUAAAAAAAACAUGUGUCGUUUGAAUAGCACAAAAAACAGCACAUAAUAAUUACAGUGAAUUCGUUGGACUUCUCAAUAAACAUAUACAUCUAUAAACAUUCGUGCAAGUAUUUGGGUAGCUUUCCUAUAAUCAAUGUAUAAUUAAUGACUAUGUAUGAUGUACUUGUUUUCAAUUUAAUUCGAAGUAGUGGCAUUCCAUAUUCAUAGACAUCCUACAGGAAUAUAAUAAAAUAAUUUUUGAACAUAACUUAUUUCUAGAAGAGCCACUGUUUAUAGAGUUUGCAACACAUAUUAUUCAUCCCAAAACCGGCUCCCAGUGCCAAAAAGUCUUGCUCUAUCAUACCAUGAACGGCCUCCUGACCUUUGUCAUGCCUAUCUCAAAGACUUGCGCCUCAGUGCCGAAGUCUUGUUAUAGCGAUCAAGCUUGCUAUUCCAUUCUUGGAUAGCAACCGUCGCUCUCAUGUGAUGAUCGGCUCAUCAUCGCCUCGUCAUCAUUGUUCGGAUUGGCUCCUCAUGAUCGCCACCCCCAUAUCACGACCGGUCUCUUGGCACGUCGUGAACUCGUGAUUAUCUUGCUCAAGACCGGUCUUAGCCAUUCCUUUACCGGAUGAUAACCGUUGCUCAGAUAUUUGGACCUGCCCUUCGGUGCCGACGUCCUUGCAUGACGGUAGGCCCUCGGCCUCAACGUGAUCAUUUACAUCAAGACCGGUCUUUUAGACAUUCCUUUACCGGAUGGAGACCGUUGCAUGAAUUUUCGGACCAGCCCCUUAGUGCCGACGUCCUCACUUCACGACCGGCCUUUCGGCACAUCGUGAUUAUCUUUCUCAAGACUGAUCUUAGCCAUUUCUUUACCGGAUGGCGAAUGUUGCAUGGAUUUUCGAACCGGCCCCUCAGUGCCGGCAUCCUCACAUUACGACCAGCAUUUCGGCACGUCAUGAUUAUCUAUUUCAAGACUUAUGAGGACCGUUGCAUGGACUUUUCGACUGGCCCCCAGUACCGACGUCCUUGCAUCACGGUAGGCCUCUCGGCCUCGACGUGAUCAUUUAGCUCAAGAUUGGCUCCCCAGCGCCGAAGUCUUGAUCUAGCGACUGGGCUCCGCCAUCCCUUCCCAAAUGGUGACCGUCGCCUUCACAUGAUGAUCGACUCAUCAUCGCCUCGUCAUCAUUAUUCGGACCGAGUGACCGACUUAUCAUCAUCGCCGUCCACAUAUCACGACCGGCCCCUCGGCUCAGCGUGAUUAUUUAUCAUCAAGACUGGUUCCUCAAUGCCGAAGUUUUGGUCUUGCGACUUGGCUCGCCAUCCCUUCCCAGAUGGUGAUUGUCGCCCUCACAUGAUGAUUGGCUCAUCUUCGCCUCGUCAUCAUUAUUCGGAUCGGCCUCCUUGACACCGUCAUCUGUAUCUCGAGACCGGCUCCCCAACGCCGAGUGUCUCGUACUCGUUAUAGCGAUUGAGCUCGCCAUUCUCCUCAUAAAUGGUGACCGUCUCCUUUAUAUGACGAUCGGGUUAUCAUCGCCUCGUCAUCAUUAUUCGGAUCGGCUUUUGACUGGCUUAUCAUCAUCGCCGUCCGCAUAUCAUGACCGAGAGGAUCAUUUAGAGAAAUUCCUUUAAAUCUGAGUGGUACCUAUGAAAGUUUCCCCAGUUUGUGAAUAAUUACGAUAGUUUUUCAAUUUUACCUUCAGAUUUGGAUAAUGACGUGAAGAAGAGGUGUUGGGAACAGAGGGAAGGGCUGCCAGAUUAGCCAAAAUGUAUUAUAUGUGGUCAUUAUGGUGAAUGAAUACAUUUGCGACGAAACUGAUGAUGACAUUUGUAGUCUUGAAUGUAAAUCAAUUCUUUUUUUUAUCUCGGAUACAAGAAUCUCGAGAACCAUCCCCUUGCACUCCAGUAAAAUUUGCAGGUACUGAUGAGUGUUAUUAUGUGAAGGAUAGUAGCACUAAAUCUGAUUUGAAAUCUCUGGACCUUGAUAAAUCAGAGUUGUUGAGGACAAAACUCAACAUUUCCGUGAAGGAUGGUAGCACUAAAUCUGAUUUGAAAUCUCUGGACCUUGAUAAAUCAGAGUUGUUGAGGACAAAACUCAACAUUUCCGUGAAGGAUGGUAGCACUAAAUCUGAUUUGAAAUCUCUGGACCUUGAUAAAUCAGAGUUGUUCCACCUCCCGUCACAUCGUUUUCUUAAUGCAAUGUUCCUCAAAAGCUUAUUGAUAACUUAGAAGUUGCAGGGUAUGAAAUUCCAACUCCUGUUCAAAUGCAAGCCAUCCCGGCUGCUUUAUCCGGUCAAAGUGUGCUGGUAUCUGCCGAGACUGGUUCCGCGAAAACAGGAUCGUUUCUAAUUCCUAUCAUUGCGAAUUGUGUGAAAAUGAAUCUAGCUUGUCAUGAGAGGAAGCAGAAACCAUACAGUGUGGUUCUUGCGCCCACAAGAGAGCUCUGUAUACAAAUAGAAGAUCAAGCUAAGGUGUUGGGGAAGUGCAUGCCUUUCAAGACUGCAUUGUAAUAUUGAAGCUAGCUUAGAUAAUAAUUAUCUAAGCUAAGGUGUUGGGGAAGGGCAUGCCUUGGGGCAGAUCUCCUUUCGGUCAUUUUUGGCAGGCGAUGUGCCUGUUAUGGUUGCCACUGGGGUGUUUGGAUCCCAGAAAAUGCCAUGUAAAGAAAGAAAUUGCUAAACAAAGAAUUCUUUUAUGUUUUUUAGUUUUACGGUUUUACCUCAGGAAAUGCAAAUGGAAAUGAAAUAUGACUAUUUGUUUGAUAUUCUUUUUUACAUAUACGAGGUAUUUUUUAGAAUUACUUUUUCUUCAUAUCAUAGGUAUGAAUAAAUUAAAUGAGUAUCCGAAAAAUGUACUGAAUUACGACUAUAUUUUAUUUUCUUCCUGUUUGCUCAGUUUUCUUUCAUGUUUUUUCCACAGCAUUUUCUCGGAUCUGAACGGAGGACCCAAUGACCCAUAAAGACAGCACCUUCCCAAUGGAAGGGAUGAACUCCAUGCAACAAGCCCGCCUUGGUGUUCCAAAGGAAUCGGGUGACUUAGUUUUAAAGGAUUGGAGGCUAAACGGAAUGGUUAACGCCCCGCGGAACCAGUAUUAUCUCGGUAUAUAACUCAACUAUCAAAUAAAUAAAUAGGUUGAAUAAUAUAGAAGCUUUUUUACCAAACAUAUUCAUCAUUCAGAUAAUUUUAAUAAUUAGAUUGAUCGAAACAAAUAUCUUUAAAUUAAUCUUUACAAGAGUCUACUUAUUAACAAAAUCCGUGUUUAUCUUACUGUAUUGAACAAGGAAGUUUGGCAUUUGCAGUAAGUUGUUUUACUAUUGUGGUGGUUGAAACCAUUGAGAGUUGGAUAAAAAUCAAAUACAAGAAAAAAUUCAAAUUACCCAUUCAGGAAGUCUUGGAACAUGUACAUUGGAAAAGGAAAUUGGGAGGACCUAUGAAAAGUGUCAACGCAAAAAGGGAAGGUCUAUGCUUCAGUAAAGAUUAUAAAUUUACUGGGGAGAAAAAGAUACAGAAGGUUUUGUUUUUAUGAUAGAACUCAUAUUAUUAAUCCUAAUAGAUAGUAAUUAUGAUAGAACCCAAAAAGACAUUAAACACAAGAUUUCAGCCAGAACUUGUUCAAAAUUCUUUUGGUCCAAUGCUCAGUAACUAUCUAUUAGGAUUAAUAAUAUGAGUUCUAUAUCAUAAAAACAAAAUCUUCUGUAUCUUUUUCUCCACAGUAAAUUUAUAAUCUUUAUUGAAGCAUAGACCUUCCCUUUUUGCGUUUAUGAAGACACUUUUCAUAGGCCAUCCCAAUUUCUUUUUCCAAUGUACAUGUUCCAGGACUUCCUGAAUAGGUAAUUUGAAUUCUUUCUUGUAUUUGAUCUUUAUCCAACUCUUAAUGGUUUCAACCGCCUUGAUAACAAAACAACUUAGUGCAAAAGUCAAACUUCCUUUUUCAAUACAAUAAGAUAAACAUGAAUUUUGUUAAUAAGUAGACUCUUGUAAAGUUUGAUUUUAAUAUAUUUGUUAUGGUUAAUCUAAUUCUUAAAACUAUCUGAGUGAUGAAUCAGUUUGGUAAAAAAGAUCCAUAUAAAUCAACCUAUUUAAUUUUUGAUAGUUGAGUUACAUAUGUAGGUCAUCGGGAGGGAGAUCAAGAACAUGUCGACUUCGUUUGCAGCACGCAAGUAAUAAUUCUUCCUGAUCAUGACCUGAAUUACUUGAUUCCCUAGCCUCGUCAUCGUGGCAAGAAUUUAUGAGGAAUCCAAGGUAUGAACGGACCAGAAGAAACAUGGAUCUUCUUGUGUUCAACGGGAGUGAAGCGUAUGACUGGAUUAUUAAGGUGGAAAGAUUCUACGCACUGAAUCAAAUUGGUUCCAAAUUCCAAUGGUGGGAGGAGCAAUCGACACAUCACACUUGGGAAGCCGUUUAAGGAGGCAUUAAUCACAAGAUUUCAGCCAAAACUUGUUCAAAAUCCUUUUGGUCCAAUGCUCAGGGUGAGACAACCUGGUCAGUAAUGCAGUAAAGAGAAUAGUUCAAGCUAGUAGUAGCUCCCAAGUGACAUAAGACAUGACUGGCGCUUUUUUGUUAUAAAGGAAAACCAUCUAUUAAUUUGAACAAAGUGCUGAAUAAUAAUGACAUUAAAAUGAGCUCAAAUAGUUAAAAAGUAUUUGUUAUACGAUCUGCAUCACUGCAUGUGUUGCUCUCUUUACGAUUUGCACCAAGGACCUUGCCGUGCGGCAGAUGAUCCUGAUCCCCAAUUUUAUGAGUCUAUUUUAUACGUAUGACUUUAUUAUUGAAAAAAAGUAGCACCCACAUUUAUUGGAUGAUCAACAAAUUCUC